UUUGCGUAUAAAACAAGCUCGAGUAUUUUCUCAUAUACAUAACAAUGGCGGAACCCAAAGUCAAAUACGAUCGUCAACUCAGGAUAUGGGGUGAGAAAGGACAAGCUGCACUGGAGAAAGCCAGUAUCUGCUUGCUUAACUGUGGUCCAACUGGUUCUGAAACUUUGAAAAAUCUUGUUCUUGGUGGGGUGGGAAGCAUCACUGUUGUUGAUGGUUCUAAGGUUGAAGUGGGUGAUCUUGGAAAUAAUUUUAUUGUUGAUGAAUCAAGUGUUGGACAGUCGAAGGCAGAGUGCGUGUGUGCAUUUCUUCAGGAGUUGAAUGAUGCUGUUAAAGCCAAGUUUAUAGAAGAACAUCCGGAGGAACUAAUUGAGACUAAUCCAUCAUUCUUUUCUCAGUUUACCUUGGUCAUCGCUACACAGUUGGUUGAAGAUUCCAUGGUGAAAUUGGAUAGAAUCUGUCGGGAGGGAAAUAUUAUUUUGAUAUUUGCACGAUCAUAUGGCCUCAUGGGUCUUGUCAGGAUCUGUGUGAAGGAACAUACAGUAAUUGAAUCAAAGCCUGACCAUUUCCUAGACGAUCUACGGCUUAAUGACGCAUGGCCAGAACUUCGGAGGUUUGCAGAGACAAUUGAUUUAAACACAACUGAUGCUGUAGUACAUAAACACACACCAUAUAUUAUUAUCCUUGUUAAGAUGGCAGAGGAAUGGGCAAAUACUCAUGGUGGAAAGCUUCCUUCUACCAGAGAAGAGAAAAAGCAAUUCAAGGAUUUGAUUAAAUCCAAGAUGAUCACGAUGGAUGAAGAAAACUAUAAAGAAGCCAUGGAAGCAUCAUACAAGGUCUUUUCUCCACAAGGGAUUGGUCCAAACUUACAGAAGAUUAUUGAUGACAGCUGUACAGAAGUUGAUUCCAAUUCAUCUGAUUAUUGGGUGAUGGUAGCAGCCCUGAAGGAGUUCAUAGCUAAUGAAGGUGGUGGUGAGACGCCUCUUGAGGGGUCGAUACCAGAUAUGACAUCAUCAACUGAAUUGUACGUAAACCUGCAAAAAACCUACCAAGCCAAGGCCGAGGCUGAUUUUCUUGUUAUGGAGCAAAGGGUCAAGAAUUUACUCAAGAAAAUCAGUAGGGAUCCAGCCAGCAUCUCCAAGGCGAAUAUACAGAGCUUUUGUAGAAAUGCAAGGAAACUUGCUGUUUGCAGAUAUCGGCUCGUUGAGGACGAGUACAACUCUCCUGUCCAACCAGAGUUACAGAAGUAUCUGACAGAUGAAGAUUAUGGGACUUUGCAAGAAGCCAACACUCUUAAAGUACUUCCUGAAAAUACUGCUGCGGGUCUUUAUAUUCUUCUUCGAGCAGCUGACCGGUUUGCUGCAAACUAUAACAAAUUUCCUGGACAAUUUGAUGGUGAGAUGGAUGAGGAUAUAUCCCGGCUGAAAACUACAGCUGUUGGCCUACUCAAUGACCUUGGUUGCAAUGCCUCCGCAGUAUCAGAGGACCUUAUUAAUGAGAUGUGUCGGUAUGGUGCUUCAGAGCUUCAUGUUGUAGCUGCCUUUGUUGGAGGAAUCGCAUCACAAGAAGUGAUCAAGCUCAUCACUAGACAAUUCAUUCCCAUGUCUGGAACUUUCAUCUUUAAUGGCAUAGAUCACAAGUCUCAACUGUUGUUGCUGUAGUCUCUGAAUUUACAGAUUGCAUUUUUCAGGGAUGAACUCAGUUUAUGUGGGGUUUCAGUUUUCAAUCUUCAGAUGAGUUCUACAGGAGUAUUGCGAAAAGGAAAGUUUGUCAUACUUCCUUGAUUUGCAGGAAAUUUAGGAUCAGUUUUUAACAAAGAGUACAUUUCUAAAUUUGUACACAAACAAGCGCCCAGGCUCUGCUCCGUGAGAUAUAUGAUAUAAUCAGUUUUAGAAAGAGAUGUAUGGUAUGUCGUCAUUCUAAAAUUUAGAACUAUUCUAACUUUGUUACAUCACCAAAAGACGGGGGAUUUUUUUUCACGCCCAGUGUCUUACAUUAAGUACAUGACAUGUGACUUUACAUCAAUUGUUAUAAUUUAACUUAAUUAAUGCACAUCGUCA